AUGUGGUCUUCAGUCGUCAUAAUUUUCACAGCCCUAUUGGGCAUAGUAUCGUGUUACCCACAAGGACGCGUCGUAAACGGCACAUCGACCAGCAUUGAGAAUUAUCCAUUUCUGGUGUCCUUGCGUGGUUCGACCGGCUCACACUCCUGUGGUUCAAGCAUUAUAGCACCGCACUGGAUACUCACUGCUGCGCAUUGCGUUUCCGGCGCAACAGCUAGUCGGAUCAGCAUUCAGUUUGCCUCGUCGGUAAUCAGCGCAACCAGCACAAAUGUGGCGAAGGUGAAACGCAUUAUAGUUCACGAGGAUUAUCGACCUGCGGAUGCUUAUGCCAAUGACAUUGCGCUCUUGAAAUUGUUUGGUCAGUUGGUGUUCAAUGGCAAAACAAUUGCGGCGGUCACCUUGCCUGAACAGGGCUUUGAGAUACCGCAAGUGGCAGAAGGAGCACCCGGCAUUCUGGUUGGUUGGGGCCUCAACGCGACCGGUGGUUAUCUACAAAGUGUUGUUCAAGAAGUCGAUUUGAAAAUCUACUCGGAUGCUGAGUGCACUGAACGGCACAAUGGUCGCACCACCAGCGACCACAUUUGUGGCGGCGUUGACGAAGGCGGUAAGGGCCAGUGUAGUGGCGAUUCCGGUGGUCCGUUGCUAUAUCAGGGACAUAUUCAAUUGGGUAUUGUUUCGUGGAGUAUCAAACCGUGCACAGUGUACCCGUAUCCAGGCGUGUAUACCAAAGUAUCGCACUACAUCGAUUGGAUUCAAGAAAAUGUUGAUGAGGACCUUUAAAUAAAUGCGAUCCGAUAAAGAAAUUUAUUGAUUUUUU